ACAUGACAUUCGGCAAUCAAGUAGUUACACCACGUACGUACCGCUGCAUCAUUUUGUCCGCUGACUAAUGCGCCUGAAUACUCAAUACAUUCGUGCUUCGUGCAGGAGAGUGUCCAGUGGAGUAACAGAGGAAGCAGUCGCCACAAUGGCCUUUACUGGGUUGAUUUCAGCGAUCGUAUUAGCGAUUUUCGCUAUCCUCAAAGUGGAAGGAACAGCUAGGGGAGCGGUGCCUCUGGAUACUCUGACUUUCGACAAGGUCAUUGGCAAACACAAAGCAGUGCUUGUUAAGUUUGACAAACAGUAUGCAUAUGGAGAAAAAGAGGAUGAAUUCAAAAAGUUUGCCGAGAAAUCCUCAUCACAGCCUGAUCUUCUGGUGGCAGAGGUUGGAGUGUCAGAAUAUGGCGAAAAAGAAAACGACGACUUGAGGGAGCGUUAUAAUAUCAACAAGGAAGAUUUCCCGGUCUACAAGCUCUUCAAACAAAACGAGGACACUCCGAUUGAUUUCACGGGGGACAUCAAGGCCGACGAACUCUCUAAAUUUGUGAAAACAAAUUCGCGACUUUGGAUAGGUAUGGAUACUGUUUGAAAAACAAGAAGUAAAAGUCGAGUAAUUGAAUAGGGAACCAAAUGUUCUACGUUAGUAUGCAAUGCCGUUCUCUUGUUGGCUAUACGCUACUCACUACCUAUUCUGUUGUAGAUAGUGAGCAGCGCAGUAGUGUGCUCUUGCACACAAAAUAGCGGU